AUGGCCACCGUCAAGGAAGAAGUGCGCGAGGUGCUCCUCGGCUCCACCGAGGAGCCCCAGCUGUCGCAUCUGACGCGCGCCGCCUUUAUGAAGCACGCCCAAAAAGACGAGUCGGGCGAAUACUACCUCAACGAGGACCAAUUCAUCACAGCCGUUGCCCCGGAAGGCGAAGACUACCACAAGAUCAAACGAUAUCAGUAUGGCAUUCUCUUCCAGGUGGCCGACCGCGACCAGAAGGGCAAGGUCAACAUCCACGACUGGUCCGUCUUCCAGAACCUGCUGGCAAAGCCCGAUGCCGAGUACGAGGUCGUCUUCCGCUUCUUCGACAGGCGGCGCACCGGCUACAUUGACUUUGACGAGUUUUACCAGACAUGGAAGGCACACAAGACCGAGGACAGUCUGCCCUUUGACUGGGAGGGCCAGUGGGCGGCGCUGUACAUUGGCUCCAAGAAGCACAGGCACACCAUGACGUAUCCCCAAUUUGCCCAAUUGCUGCGUGGACUGCAGGGUGAGCGAGUACGCCAGGGCUUCACUUACUUUGACCGCAACCAGGAUGGCUUCAUUGAGCCAGAAGACUUUCAGCGCAUAAUACGCGAGACUGCAAGCCACAAGCUGUCCGACUACCUGCUCGAGAACCUGCCGACAUUAUGCAACAUUUCAGUGGGGAGCAAGAUCUCAUACGCCAAUGUGCGCGCUUUCCAGAACGUCAUUCAGCAGAUGGACAUGAUUGAGCUUAUUAUCCGCAACGCCGUGCAAAAGAGCCCUGACGGCAAGAUUACCCGCACCGACUUCCUCAACGAGGCAGCUCGUAUAAGCCGCUUCAACCUCUACACGCCCAUGGAAGCAGACAUUCUGUUCCACUUUGCUGGCUUGGACGAGGCAUCUGGCCGGCUCGGGCUGCGAGACUUUGCUCGUGUGCUCGACCCAUCAUGGCACAAGAUUGGCUCUCUGGCCGGGGCAGCGGUUGCUGAUGCAGGACAAAAGGUGUUUGCGAGCACAAAGUCAAUAUGGCAUGACGUACUAGAGUCUGUGCAUCACUUUGCGCUGGGAUCUCUAGCUGGUGCGUUUGGAGCGUUUAUGGUGUACCCCAUUGAUCUGGUCAAGACGAGGAUGCAGAACCAGAGAAGCUCUGGUGUUGGUCAAGUGCUGUACAAGAACUCGCUCGACUGUGCCAAAAAGGUCAUCAAGAACGAGGGAUUCAAGGGCCUGUACUCUGGUGUGCUUCCCCAGCUUGUGGGAGUAGCGCCGGAGAAGGCCAUCAAGCUCACAGUCAACGAUCUGGUGCGAGGCAAGCUGACGGACAAGUCAACGGGGCAGAUCAAGUUUGCUUCUGAGAUGUUGGCGGGUGGCACUGCAGGUGCGUGCCAAGUUGUAUUUACCAACCCGCUGGAGAUUGUCAAGAUUCGGUUACAAGUUCAGGGUGAACUGUCCAAGAACGUCGAGGGUGUUCCGCGGCGGUCAGCCAUGUGGAUUGUGCGGAACCUAGGUCUUGUGGGCCUAUACAAGGGCGCUAGCGCGUGUCUGUUGCGUGACGUUCCCUUCUCGGCCAUUUACUUUCCUACCUACAGCCAUUUGAAGAAGGACUUUUUCGGCGAGAGCCCACAAAAGUCGCUGGGAGUUUUGCAGAUGUUGACUGCGGGCGCCAUGGCGGGUAUGCCGGCGGCAUACUUUACCACACCAUGCGACGUGAUCAAGACGAGGCUGCAGGUGGAGGCGCGCAAGGGCGAGGUUGCAUAUACUGGGCUGCGACACGCGGCGGUGACCAUUUGGAAGGAGGAAGGGUUCAAGGCGUUCUUCAAGGGCGGGCCGGCGCGCAUUAUGCGGUCGUCUCCGCAGUUUGGCUUUACGCUGGCCGGGUACGAGGUUCUGCAGCGAGCACUACCGAUGCCAGGGUCAUCGCAGGCAGACGCGUCGAGCCUGGAGCCAUCAGUGGGUCUGGAAGAGGCAAAGGCACCGUUGCCGUACCUCCGCAGCCGCAAUGCACUCAAGGUGAUCCUAGACCUGGACGAGAAUUUUGGACGUCCCAAGCUGGCCAAGGAUGCAAAGUUUGCGGGGAUUCCCGGAUUCGGCAGGCGACCGGAGGCUUAG